AUGGAGAAGGCCACACAAACACAAGGGCAUCUGGGCAACGGAUCGGUGGAGAAGCCAUCGCUCACCUUCGAGUUGGUGUCGAAGUUUUUCUGCAUGCUGAUCCAUGAGGCGGCGCGGGAGCUCGGUGUGGGGAUGACGCUUCUGAAGAAGAGAUGCAGGGAGCUCGGGAUCCGCCGGUGGCCGGCGCGCAAGGUGAGAAGUCUACAGAAGGUCAUCGAUGAUGUUAAGGAGCUCGGGAAUGAAGGCACCCUGGAAAGGGCAGGGCAAACUAAGAUCCUGGUGCGGAAGUUGCAGCAGGAGAUGAAACUGAUUGUGGAGAGACCUGAUGUUCAGCUGGAUGAGAAGACGAAGGAGUUUAGGCAAGCAUGUUACAAGGAGAUGUAUUGCCGCCGAAGAAAGAGGAAACUCGGUAAGGUUCUUGAUUAA